AUGGAUUGGCUUUUUGGCAAAAAGAUCUCACCGGAUGAGAUGCUGCGUAAGAAUCAGCGUGCCUUGAAUAAGGCAAUGCGUGAUUUGGACCGCGAACGGAUGAAAAUGGAUCAACAAGAGAAGAAAAUCAUUGCCGACAUCAAGAAAAUGGCCAAAGAGGGUCAAAUGGAUGCGGUCAAGAUCAUGGCCAAGGAUCUAGUGCGCACGCGUCGAUAUUCCAAGAAGUUUAUGCUCAUGAAGGCAAACAUUCAAGCGGUCUCGCUAAAAAUACAAACGCUUAAAUCUCAAAACACAAUGGCCCAAGCAAUGAAAGGUGUCACCAAGGCCAUGCAGAAUAUGAAUCGACAACUGAAUCUCCCGCAAAUACAAAAGAUACUCCAGGACUUCGAAAAGCAGUCGGAGAUGAUGGACAUGAAGGAGGAGAUGAUCAACGACGCCAUCGAUGAUGCCAUGGAGGAUGAGGGCGAUGAGGAAGAGACCGAUGCCGUUGUCUCUCAAGUGCUAGACGAACUGGGCCUGCAGCUAGGCGAACAAUUGGGCGAUCUGCCAACUGCCUCCGGCUCUCUGUCGAUAGCAGGUGGUGCGGGUGCCCAGAAAGCAGCUUCGGCUGUCGCUGCAGGUGGUGCCGGCGGCGGACCUGCUACUGCUGGUGCCGGUGCAGGUGCUGCUGCGACUGGCGGCAGCGGUGGCUCUACACCCAUGUCCGAUGCGGACGCAGAUUUGCAGGCGCGCCUGGACAAGCUGCGCAAGGACUAGUUAAGCCCCGCUAUCACCUGCCGUUUUAUAUACUAGCCCGCUGUUGUUUUUAAGUAACAAAAAUGUUAUUAUCUUUAAUAUGCCCAUAUUCCCUCACGCAAAAAUCGUAUCGCAACUGUGUAAACUUUA